AUGGCAUUCAGAGCAAAGGCAGAUGUGUGGCUGGCAGGGUCCUGGCAGUGUCUGCCCAGGAUGAGGGCACUGGGCACCACGGCAGUGCUGGCCUCCAAAGAGGUGCUUCCCUUUGAAGCCAUGCCCCAGGCGCCAGGCCACAAGUGGCUGAGGAGGCUGCAGACCUGGAAGGAGCCGCACAAUGAAAACCUUCACCUGGAGAUGCACCAGAUCUUCCAGGAGCUGGGGCCCAUUUUCAGGCAUGGUACUGGAAGACAGAGAGUGUUCGUGAUGCUGCCUGAAGAUGUGGAGAAGCUGUACAAGGAGGACUGCAUGUAUUCCCGCCGAGUACUUCUGGAGCCCUGGGUGGCCCACAGAGAGCUCAGUGGCCAGCGACGUGGCUUGUUCUUGCUGAAUGGCCGUGAGUGGUACUGUGAGAGAGUGAAGCUGAACGCCAGCGUGCUGUCACCAAAAGCCAUAAAGAAGUUAGUCCCCAUGGUGGACGAGGUGGCAAAGGACUACUUGGAGGCUCUGAAGAAGAUGGUGUCACAGAAUGGCCACAGGAGCGUCACCCUGGACAUCCAGUCCACUCUCCCCUACUAUACCAUAGAAGCCAGCAACUUUGCUCUUUUUGGGAAGCGGCUGGCCUUGUACCACCAAAACCCGAAGUCUGAAAGCCUGGAGUUAGUCCACACCUUGCAGUCCAUUCUCAACUCCACAGCACAACUCCUGUUGCUACCCAGGAGGCUGACCCAGUGGACCAACCCUCAGCUGUGGAAAGAACACUUUCAGGCUUGGGAUGAUGUCUGUGAAUACGUCACCAAAUCCACCCAGGAGGUGUAUCAGAGCCUGGCACGGGGACACCCACAGCAGCACAGGAGCAUAGUGUCAGAGCUCCUGGCACAGGGUGCCUUGUCACUCGAUGCCAUCCAGGCGAAUUCUUUGGAACUCACUGUUGGGAGUGUGGAUACGACAUCCUUCCCCUUGAUGAUGACCCUCUUUGAGCUGGCUCGGAACCCCGACAUCCAGGAGACCCUGCGGCAGGAGAGCCUGGCAGCUGAGGCCAACAUUGCUGCAAACCCCCAGAGGGCCACCACGGACCUGCCUCUGCUGAGGGCGGCUCUCAAGGAGACCUUGAGGCUCUAUCCAGUGGGCUUACUUUUGCAAAGAAUUCUACAUUCUGAUACGGUGCUCCAGAACUACCACAUCCCAGCUGGGACAAUCCUCCAUGUGUUUCUGUACUCCCUGGGCCGAAACCCAGAUGUGUUCCCAAGGCCUGAGCGCUAUGAGCCCCAGCGCUGGCUGGACGGGAGACUGAGGUUCCAGCACCUGGCCUUCGGCUUUGGGAUGCGCCAGUGCCUGGGGAGACGCCUGGCAGAGGUGGAGGUUCUGCUCCUGCUGCAUCACGUGCUGAAAUCCUUCCGGGUGAAGACUUUACAGCGAGAGGACCUGCAGAUCAUCUACCGCUUCGUCUUGAUGCCUGCAGACUUUCCCCUCCUCACGUUCCAGCUUGCAGAUAGUCAUGCCCCCCACUGA